ACCAACCCAAGAUGUCUUACAGCUGCCACUUUAACAAGGGUGGCUUCCUCCUUCCUCUGCUCUGAAACUAUACCACAGAUACUUCCCAGCUCUAAUGUGCCACUGGCCUCAUUCUGAUGGAUUUUCUGCACAUUAGAAGAGGCAGGGCUCAUGUGUGAUGCACAUCAGGGGGAGGAAGUGCUUAUGUAACUGGGACAGAUUUAGCAGAAGGAGAGAGGAGGCAGAGGCUGGGAGGCUGGGAUGGGAGCAGUAAGCUGUCGGCAGGGGCAACACACCCGGGUGGCUGCUCUUCACAAGGGUGGUGGCAACAUCCAGGGCCGCUGGGCCCAAGGCUGGAAGAGCCUCUGGUCAGGUGUGGGGCCCAUCAGGUCAGGUCUGGAAGAGCUGAGGGAACCCUGGGGGCAUCAGUGCCGGCACCCAAAGCCCCUAGAGCCAGCCCCAGUGCUAACAGAGAAGCCUCUGUCUGAAUGGCCGGUGCCUCAGUUCAUCAACCUCUUUUUACCGGAGUUCCCUAUGAGACCCAUUAAGGGGCAGCAGCAUUUAAAGAUUUUAUCCCUUGUAGCCAAAGGUUCCUUUGGAACUGUUCUGAAGGUGCUAGAUUGUACGCAGAAAGCUGUAUUUGCUGUGAAGGUGGUACCUAAGGUAAAAGUCCUACAGAGGAACACCGUGAGGCAAUGUAAAGAAGAGGUUAGCAUCCAGCAACAGAUCAGCCAUCCUUUUGUACACAGCUUGGGGGACAGCUGGCAAGGAAAACGGCACCUCUUCAUUAUGUGUAGCUACUGCAGCACAGAUCUGUACUCCCUUUGGUCUGCUGUUGGCUGCUUUCCUGAGGCUUCCAUCCGUCUUUUUGCUGCCGAGCUGAUCCUGGUGCUGUGCUAUCUCCAUGACUUGGGCAUCAUCCAUCGAGAUGUGAAGAUGGAAAAUAUCCUUCUGGAUGAACGAGGCCAUCUGAAACUGACAGACUUUGGUCUGUCCCGCCGCCUACCCCAGGGAGCCCGAGCCUAUACUAUUUGUGGCACUCUUCAAUACAUGGCCCCAGAGGUCCUGAGUGGAGGGCCUUACAACCAUGCUGCUGAUUGGUGGUCCUUGGGUGUCUUGCUUUUCUCUCUGGCAACUGGAAAGUUCCCAGUGGCUGCAGGUAGAGAUCAUGUGGCCAUGUUGGCAAAUGUGACCCACUGUGACUCUGAGAUCCCAGCUUCUCUUAACCAGGAGCUCUCACUCCUGCUUCAUGAGCUCUUAUGCCUGAAUCCCCUCCACCGUCUACGUUAUCUACAUCACUUCCAAGUCCACCCUUUCUUUCGGGGUAUGGCCUUUGACCCAGAGCUCCUACAGAAGCAGCCAGUGAAUUUUAUCAUGGAGACACAAGCUACCCAACGUAGUCCAUUGGAGUCCAUGCCCUUCAAGGACUUUGACUGUGAUCUGGAAUCCUUCCUAGUCCACCUCAACCAUGCUUGAGCCUCCACCCAUGCUUGAACUGCUACUAGAUUGGAACAAGCUGAGAACCUGAGGAUCUCCUCCACUGUAUGACCACUUUGAAAAUCCAAUUUAGCCCCUUACCAUUUUAUUAAUCCAAGCGUUGGAGCAGAGUUCAUAUUCUAAGUCAUUCUGCUUUCGGUAUAGCCACAACUGGUUCUAGCUCUUCCUCAACAUAUGCCCACCUCUCAGUUCAGAUCAAGGUGGUGACCUUUUCCUUUGCUUUACUUCUCCUUGCUCUUAUCCUCAAGCUGCAGCUGAAGGUAGCUUCUACUUGUCCCUCUCCUUCUGUAUUUGCCAUGGGUCCCAAGGUACUAUUUAUUUGUUUAAUAGGCUUAUUGGAAACAAUAUGAAUGUUUUUCAAGGAUCUCAAAAGCUGGCAUUUCAACCACUAAGUAUGCAGCUAACAAAUGUGAUAUGGGAGCUUGAGACCAGCCUGUAAUAAAUUUAAUUUUUAUGAAUUGGAAAGUGAAUCUAAUAGCCAAAUGUGAAGAAGAAAACAGAAACAAAAAAAGGAAAAUAUGGAUGGGUUAAAUGUGUUAUCUAGGGGUGAUUGGAACAGCUAUCCAAAUUUUUGCUAAAACUAAACCUCCUUGAAAGACAUAGGAUUGGGGCCAGUGCUGUGGUGUAGUGGGUAAAGCCGCCGCCUGCAGUACUGGCAUCCCAUAUGGGCGCUGUUUGAGUGUGGGCUGCUCCACUUCCAAUACAGCUGUCUGCUAUGGCCUGGGAAAGUGAAAGAUGCCCCAAUUUCUUGGGCCCCUGCACCUGCGUGGGAGACCAGGAAAAAGACCCAGGCUUCUGGC